AUUGCACGUUGACCAUGUGCAGUUUGUUGAUCUGGUCGUGUAAUCUUUCUGUAAUAACCUGGAUAAUGCUGAUUGUGCUAAGUGCCAGAUAAAAACGGUGACCUGAGAUUUUACGGUUUUCUUACAAAUCUACCGGUUUUGUGUUUUACUGAAUUACAGAGACUUUAUUUUCGUGGGAGAGGAAACCAAACUGAGCACGCGCGCCUGCUAAAUCAAACAGGAUAUUGAAAGGAAGCUGGUUUCCAUCUGCUGCAGUGUUCUUUUCCUCCUCGUCAUCACCCGUUUCUCCUUCUGAGCAACUCACUGCAACGCCAACAUGCGGAGGUGUAAGAACUGCGGUGGGACAGAUGUGGACGUGGACCAGGCUCGCGGUGAUGCCGUGUGUAUGACCUGCGGCUCCGUGCUCGAAGACAACAUCAUCGUCUCCGAGGUGAUGUUUGUGGAGAGCAGCGGAGGAGCCUCGUCAGCGGUCGGACAGUUUGUGGCCUCAGACUCCCAGGGCAAUGUCCCGUCUCUGGGUGCGAACUUCACUGGGAUGGGAAAAGAGUCCAGAGCGCAGACAUUACAGAACGCAAAGAGGAAUAUAAAUCACCUGGGCCACCAGCUGCAGAUGAACCAGCACUGCCUGGACACUGCCUUCAACUUUUACAAGAUGGCGCUGUGUAAACGCCUGACCCGCGGGAGGAAGGCGGCCCACGUCAUCGCCGCCUGCCUUUACCUGGUGUGCAGGACGGAGGGCACGCCUCACAUGCUGCUGGAUCUCAGCGAUCUGCUGCAGGUCAACGUGUAUGUUCUGGGAAGAACGUUCCUGGUGUUGGCCAGAGAACUCUGCAUCAAUGCUCCAGCCAUAGAUCCAUGUCUGUACAUCCCCCGCUUUUCCCACAUGUUGGAGUUCGGCGAGAAGAGCCACGAGGUGUCCAUGACGGCGCUGAGACUCGUGCAGAGGAUGAAGAGGGACUGGAUGCACACGGGACGAAGGCCAUCGGGGCUUUGCGGAGCAGCUCUGCUGGUUGCCGCGCGUAUGCACGAGUUCCGUCGCACCAUCAAAGACGUAAUCGGUGUGGUUAAAGUGUGUGAGGCCACGCUGAGGAAGAGGUUGAGUGAGUUUGAGGACACGCCCACUAGCGAGCUGACCAUCGACGAGUUCAUGAGGGUAGAUCUGGAACAGGAGUGUGACCCGCCCUCGUUUAAAGAUGGACAGAGGAAGACCCGGCUGCAGAAGAUUGAGGAGGAGCUGGCUAAGAAGAUUGACGACGUUCAGGGUGAAAUCUCGGGUUAUCAGGAUGAGAUUGAAAUGGAGCUGGACAUCAGUCGACCCAAAUCCAGAGGGAUUUUUGCCGCUUAUGCAAAAAAUGACGACGCCGUCUCAGUGACGUCCUCCAGCGUGCACGAUCUCAACGACGAGGGUGAGGAUGAAGAUCUGCGGGUCGCGGCAUCUCACCUGAGCAAAGACCUUCCUGGCAUCAGUGACGGAAAAGAGCGGCGGGACGAUGACGGACAGGAAGCGAGAGAGGAAGAAAGAGUCUCUCAAUCCAAGCGCCCGUCUCUGGAAGCUCUGCUUGGGCCGCUGCCAACCGCCGCCAGCCUCGGCCUGUCCGACUCCAUCCAUAAGUGCGUGGGAGAGGAGAAGGAGAAUGAGAACGAUAGUGUGUCGGACGGUGGUGAGCUGGACCUGAGCGGGAUCGACGACGGCGAGCUUGAGUGGUACAUCCUCAAUGAGAAGGAGGUGAAGAUUAAAACUGAGCUCUGGAUGCUGGAGAACGCAGACUACCUCAAAGAACAGAAAGAAAAGGAGGAGAGAAUAGCAAAGGAGAAAGAGCUGGGUAUCUACAAAGAGAAAAAGCCGAGGAAAACGACUCAGAGGCGAGCGCCGAUCAACGCCAGCACAGCUGAUGAGGCCAUUGAAAAGAUGCUGGAGCAGAAACGGAUUUCCAGUAAGAUCAACUAUGACGUCCUGAAGGACCUGAACCACUCGAGCGUGAAGAGCCCUCCACCUGAACCGAAGGAAUCCCCGGGUCGCUCCACACAGAGGAGGACACCGUCAUCACGUCCUCGCAGGGUCAACGAGCUCACGGCCAGUCUGGCAAAGCCGGCCAGCAACUUCGGCAAGAGGUUACGGCCACUGAUCUCGGCUCAGCCUGCUAAGAAGCCUCUUCUGGAUCAGCUGGUGUCCGAUGCACCGGACGCCCCUGCUGUGGUUACCCACAAUGCCGUGGUGGUGGAGAGCGGGCCCGUGGCAUAUGAAGACCUUGGAGAGGAGGAGGACGAGGAAGAGGAGGAGCAGUGCGUCAGUGCCAUGGCGCUUAUGGGAGGAGACGAUUACGGCUAUGAUUUUGACGACGAAGAUUGAUAAGGAGAGGAACGGACGUUCUUCUGACUGAGAUAUAAAGCCUCUGCGCUGAUCCUGCACAUGCUGAGGUGUUACACUUACAUGACUAGCCUGUGGACAAUAUUGCAUGUAAUAAAGUGAUCAUGAUGAGACUGUACAAAUGUAAAAAGUGAAAAUUACUAACUGCUGGCUGUACUUUAUCUGAUCAGUGUGUUAUAUUUGUAUUUAUUACAAUAGGCCCAUAGACAAUUGUUAAACACUUCGUAUUUGCAUUGCUAUUGUUUCACACAUUAUUUAUUAGCACACCAACAUGCAGAUGAUUAUUUUUCUGUUACACCACCACACGGGGUCUGUGCUCCGUUAUCCUGAUACUGUGCGCAUCAUAUGUUCAUAUUGAGCCUUGAGACGUGACGUCAUUAUAAUUUUUUCUGCUAUUGUAGUAGCGGAGUCUUGCUCUGCUCACUUUGCUCCCUCUAGCGCUCAUUACCGGUAAUCGCACACAGCUUUCCGGUACACUACCUGCAUACGCAUAGUCAAGACCCUAAAUAUAAGCAAAUAUAUCUAUUUUAUUCUCUCUGAUUUUUAUAAAUCACAUGUAAGAA